AAUUUAAAGGGAAACAAGAUUGAGGAGCUUCCGCUAGGGAUAUUUUCAAAUCUCUCUUCCUUGAGAAAAUUGUAAGUGAACGAAAGACUCUUUAUUUGUUUAUUAAUGUUAAUUACUAACCCAGUUUAACUCAGAAGACGUUGCGUGUUUAGGGAAAGCAUGCUUUUUAAUUUCAGUGCGAAAUUUAAACUUUGAAAAUUUUGCACACAAUUUUAUCUCAUAGCCUGGGAAGCUGGAUGUAUGUUUCGCGAAUGGGCAAAUGAGCGCUGAAGAAAAAAUGCAAAGCGUAAGAGCAAAGCAAGUUACUCACUAGUACAAAGUUUUUGACUUAGAAUCCUAGAGCUUGUGCUGAAUGUGGCCCAGAGUUUUGCUUUUGUUUGUACCUGUAUGUUGUUAAGUUUUUAUCAUUAAAUUUGUGCAUAUGCUCCUCCUACAUUAUGUGUCUUCGCUCAUUUAGCAAGCACGAUUGAUGUCAGAAUUACAGAGUUUCAAAAAAGUUUAAAUAUAGACAGCUCGCGUUACGUCUCUCUCGAUACAUACCUUUUGACGGAUGUGUAAUUACUAAGGCCACCGAAAUGGGAACUAUAUAAAUCGGUUUGACUCGAAACUCCAUAUGUCAUACACGACCUGUAUUUGACUGAAGGAUUUUUGAAUACGCACCCUGUAAACAUGAGGGGGUAUUACGGUAUUUUAUGCCCCAUGUUAUUGUUUCAGCCGCCCAUAAGCCUGAGCAAAAGAGCGACUUCAAAACAGACAGUAGAGGCAAUUUUCACCUUGUCGAAAUCGGUCAGAGAAAGUGGCCGUUUAUAUAUUAAAUAAAUUGAACAGAAUUCAAAUAUAAACUCCCCAAAUAGUUUUAAAAUACAGUUGAUUUGGUGCUGGUAGGUAACAUGACUGCGCUAAUUGUCUUUAGUGUGUGUAAUUUUUACAAUUUUUUUGCAUUUCCUUGACUGUUCCAAACAUAUUAUGGCCACAUUUCAUGACAAUGAUUCGCUACGAUUUGUACAUAAGACACUUUUAUGUCCUUAAUAGUAUUAUCGAUUUUUCCGCUUUUUUUAUAAAGAAAUAAAUGGGAAGAGGAAAAAAUAAUGGAAGCAAGCAAAAUCUUAAACAAUGUUUCAUUUGGGUCUUCUUUUAACAGUCUUAGUAAAACAAUAUGCGUGUUAUAACAUAGACCUACGCCAAACGUGGAACUGCCCAUAGAAACAAAAGAGCCCACUCCGCAGAGAUUCUUACAGAGUUACAUGUAGUAACUAGAACGUCAGUGAAAACUGCCUGCUUAGUCUUAACUUUAAAACCGACGUACUUUUGGAGAAAUUUAAGAAAAGAAAAUCUUUACUUUAUCCAUUAGCUCAAAUGGCCGAAUCUCUAUGUAGUUGAUUGACCAUUUGUCAUUCAAUUUGAGAUAAUUAGAAGCGAGGUACAUAAAUGUCAACUGGAAUGAUGGUGUUAAAUCUCCCAUUAGUCGUAUCGUUUUCAUGGGCUGGAAAAACAGAACAUUACAUUUUGCACUUUCAAGAACAGUUUUAGAGUGAAAUAUUAAGUUUGGUGCCACCAACAAACAUAAAGCGAUACAAUGUCAACAAUAAAGUGGUAACCUUGACAAAGUGCCUUUUUGGACACUCCCCACAACAUUAAAUUGCAUGCAAAAAUUUAGUGGGGGUAAAAAUUUUUCGGUUCCUGCGUUGCCUGACUGUUACCGAGAAUCGCUCUUAAUUACGAUUAGCCCCAAUAAGUGCCAAAUGCGUGUACUUACUUGUUGCUGACGUGCGUUAGCGCGACAGUGCAUAAAGCGUAAUGAUAAUACCAAAUUGUUUUGGAUGAAAGAUAGAAGGCUGCGCAAUACUCAUGGAAUAUGUCAACCUCCUUUCGUUUGGUUUUCACGUGACUGACCGAGCGUACGUACGUACUCGUCUACAGAUUGUAUGGGUGGGGUAGGGGAAACUAUCAAAAGAAAGGGAGGAGUGUCUCAGGCGUGUCUUGGUAAAUCCACAUCUUUUACAUUGGACAUUCACAAUAUGGUCAAUUGACAGCUGUCAAAACAAGAUAGCCACUGACCAGUAUCAUAUGACCAUAUCGCGGGCUCAUGUGUCAACUCAUCGAAGUAACGUGAUUUAUUUGAAAGCUGUCCGCUGACCAGUUAAUUGUUUUACUAGAUCGCGAUUAAUGCUCAAUCUCAAACUUUCUAGCUAGUUUGGGAGCACAGGAAAACUGAUAAUGCACACAUAUUGGACAUUAAUGUUGUGAUUAAUGGACAGCUGUCAAAACAGGGUAUCCGCUGACCAGUAUCGCUUGACCGUAUCACGGACUCAGGCGUCGACCCAUUGAGGUCAAGUAUUUUUUGAAAUUAUCCGCUGACAAGUUAAUAGUUUUCAUAUGAUCGCAGGCUCAAGUUUAAUUUUUUAAAAUUGAUAUGAAAUAUGUCCCGCACAAUUAAAAUUUUGAUUUCAAACUGAAUUCGGACGCGAAAAUUCAGCCAGCUAAUACAGGCAGGGAAGACAGUUGCCUUUGCAUUUUCUCACCAUGGACACGCGUUGGUGUACGUCCAAUUGUUAUGCUCUGAUUGAUCAAAAUUUGACAAGUGAGAGGUGAUAAUCUUCUCUAGGGGGUGAUAAUUUCCCAGGGUAGUGAGAGAAAGGUGAUUAUCCACUCUAGGGGGUGAUAAUCCCCCAGAGUAGUGAGAGAGAGGUGGUAAUCCUCUCUAGUUGGUUACAAUCCCCCAAGGAAGUGAGUGAGAGCUAAUAAUACCCCCUAGGGGGUGAUAAUCCCACCAAGUUAUGAACAAGGGAAAGCUUUGUAGGGGUCCAGUCUAUUGGGGGAAAGGGUGACCUGUAUGGGAGCACUUAAUCCCAGAUUCAUUUGUUUAUUCCACUACAAAAACCUUGAUAUAGGUAAACAGAAACUAUUGAUAUAAUACUGUUUGAAGAAAGUCUCAAUGUAAGAUUUGUUAAGAUUUCCGAGCCUACAACAAAUACUACAAGACUGGUAGGAUAUGUGUACGAAUGUUCCUAGGAAUACAAAAGUCACCUAGAGAAAUAAUACAGAGUCUUGUGUUACUUAGAGCCCAUCAAAUAGUUAACUAGAAAACAUUAACACUGAACAAAGGCAGCUCCAGUGAAGAGAAAUAAAACAGCAGAGAGGGAGGGAGGGAGGGGGAAUUUAACAGUAGUUCUCAAGGAAAGCGCAAUAAUAGAGAAAUGUUUUCUGCCUCGCUAAGCACGAAAUUAUGAAUGUCACUCCGUUCUUCAGUGUGCAUGUGACAGCUUACAUGAUUCGCUGAGCCCGAUCACUCGACAGGAGAAUAUUACGUGCAGAAAGUGACCCAUGACCGGAGGUGAACUGGUUUAUUCCCUUCCAUAGGGAUUUAAGGCGGGUCUAUGGUUAUCACAUUAACUUUAAUUUAUAGGUCUAUAAAUUAGCUACGGACAGUUUUUGCACGAAUCUCUAGUUAAACACUUUUUCUUAUUUGUUCAACGGACAGACCAAAGCGCGUAAGGUAUGCAUUAACGUCUAAAGAUUUUGCCUUAGCAGUCAAAGAAAAUUAUUUUUUUAACGUGCGAGGUUGCGUGCUCAAAAGUGUCCUUAACCUACCAACAAUAUCUUCCGGUUUUAAACGCCUUAAGGACUUUUUAAAGCUUAAACUUAUUUAAGUAGCCUCUUCCAGGUGUUCAGAUAGCAGGGCGCGGCCGUCAGAUGGUAAAUCUUGAGGUAUUCUGCUUCCAAAAUGUUAUAAGAGAAAAUGGUCACGUGACAUUGAAAAUGAAUAAAAUAGCGAAUUAGUAACGAAUUUACUUUGUUUGGAUAAAUCAAUUGGCGUUUGAGAUAACGAGUACGUAUAUAUUUCUUUCUACGUUUGGAAUGAAUGCAACAAAAGUUCAAAAUAAAAGUUCUUAGUAAUUCAAAAUUAAAUUUGGGCAUUUAAAAUGAUGUUUUUGCUCAGUUUUUUUUUUAUUUAAGUGCAAUGCACUGUCAUUCCAAACCUGAAGUGAUAGAAAUUUAUUAAUAUGAAUGAAAAAAUGAUAAUGAUUGACUUUUUAAACCCACCACCAGUUUUGUCAAUUUUAAGAUUUUUAGAAAAAUGGUCAUAUGACAUAUCACGUGAUCUAUUAACACAAUAUUUAAACUUUGAAAUUUUAACGACAAUAAUUUCUUUUGUGUGCCAAACUUCGAUUCCGGCUUCAUAAUCUGUUCCGAUAUUGUAGCCAAUAAAUCAUUUUCCAUUAGUAAACCCAUUUAGACCCAGGUUUUAAACUAUUUGAGGCCGACAAUCACUUUCAUCUUGAAACUCUAAGUCAAAAAAUCGUUGAGUUACUUACUGCCUCAGUAACAUUUCUUCUAUUUUAUAAUAAAGAAGGAAAAGAUUCUUUGAAAUCUUUCACGCCCAGUUUUAUUAGGUCAGCAAUAACUUCUCCAGCAUAUAGUGAACAUCUCCUACUUCAGGUCGUGUGGAAAGCCACAUAAGAGCUUUCUUCAGUAAAGUUAAACGUUUUCUAAACCAAAAAUUCAGUUGUUGCUGCUUGCAAAGUCAUGCAAAAGAAGAUGUCCCUUGCAGCAAAAACGUGCGCCAUGUUUUGCAACAAUAUGCUGCAAAAGGAGAAGGCAAGUGAUGUUUCGCUUUUAAUAUCAUAGGUGACGAAUUACUCCUUAAUUUUGGCGCGAAAUUUCAGCGUUAAUUUGUAAUUUCACAUGUGAAAUUACUAAAUUGCCAUGGCAACGUGAGUCUCAGUGUCAAGAUGGCGACGAAGUUUUAAAAUGUCAUGAAGGAAGAUGUCAGGGCAUAAAAAGACGCUUUAGAAAACCUGAACACACGAAAGAGAACAUCAAGAAGGAUUCUAACAGGUAUUUUGUCGAAAAACUCUGAACUUAAGCCAAAUUUAAGCUCUAAACGUUCGAGAGUGCAGGAGUUCUCGAUCGAUACGAUCCAGGAUAAACAUGUCAAAAAUCCAAGAUUGCUAACGUAAUUCGUCACCCAUGAUAUUAAUAGGUAAUCAAAUGGUAUACUCGUGAAAUUAGGGAAUGAUUUUACUUGCGUUUUGUCCAAAUCCUAAUAAUUUCCCUCGCCUAAAGGCUCGGGAAAUUAUAACGAUUUCGACAAAACGCGCGUGAAAUUAUUCCCUAAUUUCACUCGUCACCAUUUGAUUACACAUACUUAUCACCCACGUUCAAGCCCGUGUUGCAACAAUCAGGUUGUUAGAAAUUGCGUGAAUACUGACUUCUGAUUGCAUCAAAUUAAGCGGGAAUCACGCCAUAAGCGGGAGUUACGUCACUCACUGCAAAAGAAGUUUGCCCUGAGUCGGUAAAAAGCGUAACACGUACAGACUGCAUUGCAUAACAUAGAGCUACUCAAUACUCACUACUCACUACUUUCGCUGAAUAACGCGCAACAUCGCCAUUGAACUCGCUAUUUUUGCAGCAUUUAAUGUUGCAAAACAAGCUGCACGUUUUACCGUACCUUAUCUGUGUAGAUCAGAUAAGGAUGAAUCCCCAUGUUAGCAUCUUUUUAAGCAAACGCAUCUAGUCAAUUUCCAGCUUUGUCUCAGUUGAUUAGCUAAUAUAAGUUUAAUUAAACCCAUAUUUAUGUUCAAUUCUGUAGAGAAUAAAGGAGGAAUGACUUUCAAAUCUAACUUGUGUAAAGCCUGGUUUGCCCUUAAUUUUACAGUGAAGUACAAAUAGGUUUUUAAACAUUUGGUCGAAUGUUGGUAGUGUGAUGAGUCGUACUGCCCAUUCGCUGCCAUUCGUAAAUUAUUCACAAAUUUAAGUCGAGGAAUGCAUUUAUUUCCUGUAGGAUUUUGUGGGACAACAAGAUCAAUGAGCUUCUGCCUGGGAUAUUUUCAAAUCUGUCAUCGUUAUACCACUUGUAAGUAAAUCGCGCAUUUCUUUGUCUUGACUGUUAUUUCAUGAGAAUCUCUUAAAAGGAUCUGAAGACCUCUCAUGGUCGCUGGGAAAUUGGGGAGACGAGAAUAACCUUAGUGUGUGUGUAUCUUUUUAGCUUCUUGUGAUUUUCUAACACAUUUGGCAACAUAUUAGUACAAUUAUUCGCUCUGGCAAGGGCACAAAAAUAGUAAAAUUUGGGCUUUCGUUUGAUUAUAAAAAAGAAGGCAAUUAGUAAUGUUGUGCCCUUUAAAUAUUAACAACUGUUUUUCAAUAGCUUGAUCAGAGAAUGAUAAGAGUAUGUAAAUGGGAAAAGCCUGUAAAAACAUUUUCGCCUAUGAGAGGAGCAAGGUUUUUUUUGCAAAGCAACUCACCUAUCAGUUUCAUUAAGAAAUAAAAAGGAUUCUAAAUCUGAAUUUGCGGUAUCUCCAUCGAAAGGAAAGCUUUUCGUUCAGUGAGCAAACAAGCGUGAUACAAUAGGAAACAUAUAGAAUAUUUACCCACAAGUUGUGUCAUUCACUAAAAACGAUCGCAUUUUAAUUUUUCAACUCUAUUGUUGCUCUAUGGGUCUGGUUAAGGCUUUCCACAAGUUGCUCGAGAUUUUCCAAAAAAAGUUUCCUUUAAUUUCUUUACAAAAUGCUCAAAAGUUGCUUUUUAUAACGAAAGCUGCUCAAAAGUUGCUCGAAAAACAAAACCUUUUUUGGUCUGGUGCUAAAAUAUGCAAAUUGUACAACAAAAAUAAGAUUUCUAAGCAUUUUUGUGCAAUUUUGGGGUGUAACCAGCAUUGCUAAAUAACUUUGUCCUCAAUUAAAACCAAGAAAUGUAAUGAGACAAUAAAAUUGUUCAAUGACCUUCUUCACCCGAGAUACUCAAGUUAGUCGAGUGAGAAUCAGGAGAAUCUUCGUCCACCAUUUUGAAUUUUCUCUAAAAACCGCUGACCUAGCAGCCUGACUACUUUUAUCUGGCGCCCACCAUCUUGCCCAGGGGAGGGAAGGAUUUGGCUCCUUUUUUACAGGAAAUUCAUAAAUUGUCUACUAAAACAUUGUGAAAUAUGGACUAAGCACUAACAACUGCUCCGAUAUCUCAGAAUUAGAAGAUAACUAGAGAAAUUGCUCAAAAUGCAAAAAUUUGCUCUAUAAAAAAAAAAGUUGCUCGAAAUACAACAAGUUUCCAAAAUGUUUCCGAGCAACUUGUAGAAAGCUCUAACCCUGGUUAAGUUAAUUAAUUUCAAAAGUAAAAAGAUAUUUCACGAUGCAAGAAAAGAACGACUUUACUCAAUCAGUUGAGUAGAAUUAAUUAAAACAGCGUAAUUUGCAAAAAAAAUACGGAAAGUUUUCAAAUUUGGCAUAAUGGUUGCUACGGUAAAGAAUGAUGUGUGAUUCAUAUUUCAUAGCCCUCAGUGGGUACUGAUCUAUGCAUUCAAGAAAUUUUGGUUAUGAAAUAAUCGCCCGUCCGUCGGUACGUCCGCACCUUGGUGUAAGUAGACGUAAAAUGUCACUCCUAUUACCUAGAAUCAUGGCCAAGAGUCUUUGGUCACACUUGCACUUGUGGGGCUUUCCUCAUAAUCAUACAUGCCCAACCCCUCCCCCCCCCACCCAUAAACAACAUAAUUUUUCUCGACUUUCAACUUUGCAUAGGGUGGUGGGAAGGGAGAACUGGUAUCAUUGGAACUUUUACGUUCCAAUGAUACCAUGUCAUUAAAUAUUCUUGCAGCAAUUGCAUCACGUACCAGUCUUUUAGCAUCUUCAACCUCCAUGCCAGGUUUUUAUCUUGAUUCAUGCCAAACACUGAUAAUUGGUGAGGAGGGCGAACUGAAAGUUAUUUUCAAAAGGUUGCACUGUUUUAUAAGGACAUCCAGAAAUGAGAGAAAAUUGCGAAUACUACUUCACUGUCCCAAGUUUGUCCAGGAUUAUAGGAAUCUAAGGUAUGCAAGAAUAUCCAUGUUAUGGUCAAAUGACAGCAGUCAAAAUAGGGUGUCCACUGACCACUAUCAUUCGACCGUAUGGCUGGCUCCUAGCUUAACUAAUGGAGCGGACACAGUUUCUUUUAUGACCUUUGCUGAUCAUCAGUUAUCAGUUUUCACCCGAUCGCAAGCUUCCAUUUAUCCCAGGAAAGAAAUUUAAUAACUAACCGUGACAGGUGAAAGAAAUCAGCGGUGACAAGUAAAGACCAGCGAAAAGGGGAAACGUUUCAAAAGAAGGGAAACAAUGUGACCUAAAAAGGAAAUCCCGAUUUUUAAAAAUAUGAAGUUGAAAACAACAUCGGUAAUCCAAACGAAAUUUGGAAAAUCAAUUUACCAGAGCACGGGCUGUAAAUUGACUGAAUAGUAGAGCAGUGCCAUUCAUGAACUGAAAGUGAACAAUAGACCGGUUACUGAACCCUUCGACAUUUGCGAAAUCCUAACCAAUUAUUUUGCUUCUAUCGGUCCUACCCUUGCUUAGGCGUUACCAAAUGGAUAUGCAUAACUCCAGCAACAUAAUACGGCAGUGGAAGUUUUAAAAAUCCUAAAUAAGUUAUCUCCACAUAAGGCCCCAGGACUUCAUAAUAUUUCCUGCAUGUUUCAUAGAGAAGUAGCAUGACAUUCAUUUCCGCUUCCUUGUCAGCUAUCAUCAAUAAAAGUUCGAAUAUUGACGUUUUUCCUAUAAAAUGGAAAAAGACCAAACAUUUCUCCUGUAUUGAAGGUAAAUUAUCAUACAGACCCGCAGAAUUACAGGUCAAACUCGGUCUCAUCUGCUCCGUCAAAAGUAUGUGAAAGGAUCGACUACGAUCAUCUUUAUGCCCAUGUAAAGGAACAUGAUCUUUUAUCAAAAAACCAGUCUGUUUUUUUCCCUUCACUUCACAUUAAGAACUUUGAUAGAUGUAACAAAUGAAUGGUAUCUUAACCCUCGGACGUACAAGGGGCAGCUGGUGGUCAAGCCAUUUUUUAGUGAAAAUGCAUGUUUUUUAACUUCUUUCAGCAAUAAAAGUACAAGUUGUGAAUAAAAUGAUGCAAAGUACUUAUGUGUUAUUUUACAUGUUAAGGGGUGAGCCCCUGUCUGUAAAAAUCAGACAAAUUCAAAAUUUCGCAGUAAAGGUGGAUAACUCGAUUUCUUUCAAUUUUUAAUGCUAGAUAAGCUAGGGUCCAACUAUAAAAAUCACUUUACAGUUUUUUUCGGUAUACUAAAAUAUCCUUUUGUUGAGAGAUAAAUGCAAAUAACUAAAAUCCUUUAAAAUGGUCAUUUGAGGCGCUCAAUUAUGACAUGGUUUUGAAAGCCUCACGUUCAAAAACCGAUUACGUUGCCGUCUUUAAAACAGCACAACCUUCUUUUACAGCUUCCAAAUAUCUGUUAAAAUGAUUUGGGGAGAACUGCUCUGUUCUUUGUAUACAAAAUACAGUGACGGAUCCAGGCGAGGGGCCCCCUCUUAUUUUUAGACCAAACUGAGGCCAGAAGCGCAGAAAAUGUUUUUGGAGACCGCCCCCCGCCUUAUCUAAAGGUCUAGAUGACCGGGCCCCCCGGUCUGGAUCCGGCACUGAAAUAAUUUAAUUUCGAACGUAUACAAUUUACUUCAGUAAAAAUAAUGCGUGAAAAAACACAAUUUUCACCAUAUGCAAAAUCUUUAAAUCGAUUAAGGUGAUGGUGGUUGAACGUUAGAAGGAUGGUCUACAUAUUCCUGAAAAAAUGUCUUUGGGCAAAUGAUUAAUAGCGACGUGAGAGCUUUACAAAAUCUGUAAAAAAAAUGCAGAUAUUUGACCUUCCGCGGUCAUCUUUGAAGUUGCGAGUCGGACAUAAAUUAAAAUUUAGUCCCUGCACUUUUCUAAACCCACACUAGGUUAAAAUAAGCAGAUAAACAACCUUUCUGAAAUGUUCUUACCUUAUGAGCAGUAAAGGACCGGUCCAAAGAACAUUUAAGCACGAUUUUCGGAUGUUCCUCGCUUGACCUCUGGUUUGUAACGUCUGCAGUGUUUACACCUCACGCCUGAGGCUGCGUGCAAACGAACGCAACAACUCCCAACAAUGUUGGGAAUUGCUGCGUACGUGUUGGCAGCGGUGUGCAAACGGAUGCAACAACUCCCAGCAAUGUUGGGACCUGCAGUGCAUCGUGGGAAGGAUACAACCCAUAAGUCUUUGUAAACCAUGCAUAAUGAGCGUGCGUGGCCCCAGCAAUGUUGGAGGAGCAUGUGCUAACGGAUCCAACAUUGUUGCGCUACGCUUCGGCGAUCACGGAACAAAAGAAAUGUUGGGAGUUGUUGGCCAACAAUGUUGCACCCGUUUGCACGGGGCUUGACACACAGCGUCAACCUUCGACGUCUUCAACGGUCGAAUACCAAUCUUUCAUCAGUUUUAGGCGAAUUUUAUCGCCACUGCAUCUUCUUAGACGGCUUAGGCAUAUGUUGAACAGUGCUUUUCACUGCAAGAAAUAUUUUUAAAUACAUUUGACCGCUGCUAAAAUGGCACAAUAAUGUCGGCGCUGUUCGUCACGCAAUAGUGUCAUGUGCAUUUUAGCGGGGGAGGAGUGGUGGUGAUUGAAAGUACACGUAGUACACUAAAUAAUUUUUUUAAAGCCGAUUUAUUAGCGAAUACUACGCAUUUGCACGAUGGCGUUAUUUUACUACUACGACCUAAAUCCGUUUCGUUCAAAGAUGGCUCGGGUUAGCUUUUAAGCAAAUGCAGAGCCAGUGUUCAAACCCGCCCUCCCCAGCCGACACAAUUUGCUUUAAUUCUCUCCCCCCUUCCAUCCCAGAUACUUUGCUCCCAAGUUUCGCGAAAUUCUGCGAUACAAGUAUUUCUAGUAUAUAUCUUUUUUAAUUUUGUAAUCCCAGCGAGUUCAAAAGCCCUUAAAUUUGUACGAGAAAGCAAAACUCCUAAGGUUCUGGUAGUAAAAUGAGGUCAUCAUGCAAAUGGCCUUUUUCUUCUUACCUGCUUGCUUCAUUUUUGCUAAAGCCUAGUUUGUACUUCAACAGGGGCGGACGGAGGAUUUUGUGAUAGAGGGGGCCUAGAGAUAUAGUAUACAGUGGCAAUAUGGGCGCGAUAGCGCUUGUAAGGACUGCGAACAGCGAACUUUUCUCGGUGAGCAUUCGGAAGUCAGCCAAGCGCGGUCAUUGCACACGUACUGAACAAGAAUGCUGUCAUGACAGACUAGAAACAUUAGAAAACUCCCAAAGCACAAACUCAGCCAAAACGCUAGAAACCUUCAAUGUUUACUCAAGUUUGGGCUUCUAGAAGACACUGUCACAGUUUUUCAACGACCAUGAAAUUCAGAAUACGAGUAGUUAGUUAAUCAAUUGUGGCCCUGAAAAAAUUUGAGGGAAAAAAAACUACGAAUUUUUAAGAAAAUACUUUUUUUCUCGAGAAGGACACUUAAACGCUGACAAACGUCAACAAAUAGCUUAUACUAUAAUUUAUAUACGUUUGCAUUGCUCGAAAUUGCGCGCAUUUACAAGGCCCUAAAGCUUUUUUUGACUUGCAAGGACCCAUCUGUUAUAAAGAUCCCCAAAAUAAAAGGAUAAAACUCAUAGUUUAUUAUAUAUAAUCGCGUAAAGUUUGGUUAUCAUUUCCACACAAAUUAUGAUUUAAUUUUGCAAACCGCUGAAUUUCUCGCAUUGGUGAAACUCUGUUCAGUGCAAAGCAUUAAUGCGCCUUAUAUCUAUCCGAGAGAUUUUCACUAAAAAAUGCCGGCAACAGCAGAAUUUCGACUCAGGUCCCAAAGAGGCGUGACACUGUAACCACGUGACAUUCACUCCGAUUGCCACAAAUUUUAUGCUUUAUUGUAGAUUGAUCUAUAUGUUAUCCUUACUAUAUGUUAGACUUACGAUCAAAGUAAAGCUGGAGACACUAGAGAGCUUUAAAGUAGGAUGGUACCGUCACAAAAUAACUGGGUCGAGUCACCUUAGCCACCCUGGCACUCCGCGUUGUUGUUAGUUACAAUAUAAUAAACAUCAACAAAAAACUGAACCUGUUCGCACUACGACAAAAAAUAGAGUUUGGUCUUUUUUAAUCAUAGAGACUUGUGACGGUUGAUUUCCUCAUCGCAAGACAAUAGGGAACUAUUUCAGAGUGGCACUUACGGUCUUAAGGAUCAUAACCGCAAAUUCCACCAACAAGGGCUUUGACAGAAUAGCAACUCUCCAUUUUCAGUGUAAUAAACUUGACUUUUAAAAAAAAUGAUCAUGUUCAACCUCUAAGCAAACAAAAGGCGCGAAGUAUUUAGAACGAUCAGGGUUUGUUUACUUAGGAAGCCCCAAAUUACAUGUAACUUUCGCGAUUUUUUCAUACGCUGAAUAGCCAUAGCCACAACCACAACUACAUGUAUAAAUUCCGAUGAAUUUUAUAGCAAUUUUAUUUAAAAAUUAAGUGAUAACUUCAAAUCGUGAUUCUUAAAUUUAGAUAUCCCACAUAGCCUGCGUAGCUGGCGGUAUUGUCUCGGUGUGCGACUAAAGUUUUGGCGGCAGAGCCGUGAUCUGAAAAAGGGAGUGGGGAGGAGGCGAUUGAACUACCGCCUGCUAGAAAACCGCGGUAUUUUGAAUACACCGCACAACAGUGUGCGGAGAAAACGGAUUGGUCGAGGGCCAUACAUACGUCAAUCAUGUUAGAUGAUCCUUCUCAUAUUUCCCUAGGAAAGAAAUGGCAAACUGUUGGGAAAAUAAUGGUGGACUCGGCUGAAUGAAGUAUCGAUAAAGCUCUAAAACGUCUUAAUAUGAGCAGAGAGAGGUAGAAAAUUAUUCUUAAGAGGGAGCAGGAAACGGCUGUGAAGAAGGUGCGUGUUGGACGUAGUGUUCGGACGUAGUGUUCGGCAAAACUGAGGAUAACUCUUGACUGCUCAAUAGCGAAGGAAAUCGUGAUGGUAUUUUUAUGAAGGGAAGGAGGCAGACUUUGAUUAUUGUUAAAAGAGAGGCCGAGGAAAAUAUUUCGUAUUAAGAAAGAUCAGAAAAACCGCAGCAAACAAGUGGAUAAUUGCCCGAAACAGGACGCGCACAAGCAAAGAACCUUGAAAUAAAAACGGAUAGAAAUCCACCAAUCACAAAUUACAAACCGUGACCUUUUGAACUCUUUGAAAUGAACGUCUAUCGCCUAAGAGGUCCGCUAAGUUGAGGUCAUAAAAGUGGGCGGCAUUCGAAAAAUCAUAGUUCUCUGGCAGGUGGUAUUUCUAUUUCCCGCGGCUUUGCCGCCAAAACACACUCGACUGCUACACAAUACUGCCAGCUACGCAGGCUAGAAACUACAGGUCACCCAGACUUAAAAUAUAACGAAAAAUGGGUGUUUCGACGUUCUUUUAGCAUUUCUACUUACCCACGGAAAAAAGAAAAGCAAUAAUUAAUUUGAUUUGAUUUUACUUUUCAGGGGCGUUUUGUAUCAUUGCAUCAGUCGGUCUUUUAUACCGAAAAUGCGAUGUUUGGGCUACCUUGGUGUGAAAAAAAAAACAUAUAAAAACAAAUUAAACGAAACAGAAACAGGACAAAAGAAUAUGCUUCCUUCUUUCGGUUUCCUUCGUUUUCAGUUCUAAGGUGUAUUCAUUCCCUGAAUCACUGAUAGUGGUCCUGAUACCGUAUAGUAAAAUCACCCGGUCCGCGAUCCCGACAAACAAAGUUGUAAAUAAACAAAUGAUCAUUAUUUCGAUUUUAACAAGGAAAAACCGUAUCUAAGGGUAUGACUACUUAAGCUAUAGACUCACUUUAUAACGGAGAGCUUUUGUGCAGGCAUAAAAAGCAUACCAGCCCGGGGAGUACUCAACAAACUUCUAUACAGGAAGGCUCCGCCCCGAGGUCCAACCCCUUUAAUACCCAUUUAUAUACCAUUUUUCACGAAAAACAGUACCCCUUUCGUAUACCUUCUAUUGACACAUCGUACCCCUUUCACAUACCUGUUUAAUAACUUUGCAUCCCUUUUAACCGGGAUGUAAAUGCACUUUCAUUUAAGUGAGAAUCAAUCACAAAAAAAAAACGUUUUCUCGACUUUACAAAGCCAUAAAAUUCUUCUGUUAGCCCUUUUCAUUGUUGGGUCCUUUCACAACCGGACCCAAACGACAGAUUUCCCUACCCUUUCGUGAACAUCAACGAGUAAAAUCCCUACCCUUUCAUACACCUGAAGCCUGAAGAAGUUACUCCUUUAGGGCGGAGCCCUUCCUUGUAUAGGUCAUUUUUGGGAGUACGCCUCCCGGGCAUACCUGAUAGGGCUUCUGUUCACGCAUAAGAACGGUGAUUUCGGCGCAAAGAUGCGACGCGCCGAUCUCUAAACAGGAAAGUCACAUAGGGAAUAGCUUUUUGUGUCUGCCCGAAAAGCUAGCCGAUAUAGCGUGAAUUUAGCCUUAUUUAUUGCUAUUGUUCUCGUUGUGGCCGUUUGUUAUUUCACCUUUCUCCACCCCUCUAAAUUGGAUUGCGUGACUUACAAACGGCUGCCUGCAAUUCAAAGAUGUGAGCACCGACAUUUUUGUGUCAUUCUGUUGUAGCAAUCAGAUGUAAUAUCUGAUAAUAAUUUCAGAACUCAUCGAAUGUUCUUCAUUAGUUACGACGCGUGCAAGCGCUGCUUUUGCUGUUUGAAAGCAAACACAAAACCUCGCAUUUCACUCCACUUUUCAGUGCUGUAGUUUAAAAAAGGAUAUGGCUACGGAUCUUGAUUGUGACUUAUAAAUGUUCAUGAGCAAAUUAGGACCAGAGAAAAAGUCUGGAUAAUCGAGAAAUCCGGAUAAUCGAGGAUCGACUGUACAUUCUAAGCAAUGUUUAUAACAAAUGACUGGGCCCUCGAAAAAAGAUGCAGUCGUAAUGAAAAGCCCCUAAAGUUGAUCAAAGAAUGGUAUUCGUCCUGUGAAUACGUUGACAGUUGGCGUCGUGUACAUGCACAUUUAGGGGAGGGGUUCCUUCAACCUUCCUUGUACCACGAUGGGGGUAUGACUUUCCUUGUACGUCCGAGGGUUAACAUUGAUUAGGCGUGACUACUUCAGGUGUAAUUUUAGAUUUCACUGAAGCCUUUGAUACCGUCUCACACGCAAUAUUACAGAGCGCAGGCAACGACGACGGCGACGGCAACGAGAACGGCAAAUAAGCAAUGGAUUUAUUCAGCAAAACGACAACUUUGCACUUGCAGCACACUUUUUUGUACAUUUCUUUGCCGCCACUGCACGACUACGACGUGAAAAUGCCUAUUUCACGUUUUAAGGAGGUUUUCUUUUUCUUUUUGUGAACUUAGAAGUAGUCCUUUAGAAUUCAACUCCUGAAAAAUUCGCCGACAUUCGACAAAUUAAAAGAGUUGGAAUAGGAGCGAUGAAGUUUGAAACAGCGCGAAUUCACAUUUUGGAUGACGAUUUCGCUACCGUUGCCGUCGUCGUUAACGUUUUAAAAAGAGAAAUGCAUCUUUUACCAAUCCUAUUGAAAUCAAAUACUCAGGGGACGUUUUUGAAGCUGUUCAAAACUCUCACAGCACGUGUUUUAAACAUUACUUAAAACAAUUGCAGGACAGAUCGAGAGCACCAUGCAUAGUUUCCUCCUUGGGCUAUGAAACGAGAUCAGAAGAUAACCUAAGAUAAGGCUUUGCCUUCUUAUGCGAGUAUUAUAGCCAAAAACGUGGUCAAUAACUGUGGGAACUCGUUUCGAUAUUGAGCAGCGAAAUCAAACCCUGCAAAAUCUCACCUUAGAUGAAGUAACUUCAAUACUGAAAUAACUUGUGUUCCAUAAACGGAAUGCUCGAUUUCCCACACUGGGAAGCACAAGUGAAGAACUCUCUAAACCAAGCUCAACCAGAACUUGAAAUCAGCUAAAUCUGCAAGCAAUUUGCAAACGGACCUAUCGGUCUCUGUCAAAUGAUUACUUAAUCCCUAAAAUUUGCUGUUAUUGUCCCUUUUUUAUUUUUAAGUAUUUUUAGUAGUUAUGUAAUAGGUAGAGAUUUGUUACCAAAUUUUCUAGGCGUUCUCCUUUGCACCUUAAUAGUCUUUACCGUAUUCAAAUUAAAGUAAUUUUCAGUGCUGUUUUUGCAUUUGAGCUAAAUGGAUAAGAACAAUAGAGGAACAAUCCUCGCGUUCACUAAAUGUUCGUAUUGUCCUUACAUUAUAUUGAGCAUUGUACGAGGAACGAGAUUUCCAUUUCCAUUAUCAAAUGGUUUAUACCUUGCUCGAGACCAUGUGCACCAGUACCUCUUCUGUGGGCCAUACCGCAUCUCGACCGAAGCAAACUCAUGGCAUAUGACGAGAGGGCGUGUCCAUUUAAUGAACCUCUGCUAAUCAAUGAUGACAAACGUAUUUUCCUGAAUAUUCUAAUAUUUUUUUUAAUGGAAAUGAUAAAAUAUGAAUAGGGUGUACAAACCUGCGUCUGAAAAUGGGUUUUUCUGUUUAUUUGACACAAAUUAAUGUAACUGCUCUCCCGCAGGGAUUUGGACGGCAACGAACUCAACAAGCUCCCGGCAGGGCUUUUUUCAAAUCUCGUUUCGCUGCAGAGAUUGUGAGUAAACGACGCCUUUCUUCAAGUGUUAUUUUAUAAACACAUUACGGCUGCAUUUCAUGACAAUGAUUCGCAGCUAUUUGCACAAGAAACUUAUAGGUCCUAGAAAGUAUUAUUGAUUUUGUACUUUUUUUAUAAGAAAGGAAAGAAAUGGGAAGAAUGAAUUAAAGGAAGCGAGGAAAAUCUUAAACAAUGUUUCGUUUGGGUCUUCUUUUAACAGUCUUAGGCCUAGUCCAAACGUCGAACUUUUCGUAAGACGAGCCAAAUUUAGUGAGGUAAGUUCAUGAAAAGUUCGACAUCUGCCUAAGUUAACUUCGCCUGCAUGAGUUUGGAUCAUCCAACACCUUCUAUCCGCAUUACACUGAAAAACGUCGCCCGUCAAAACUGGGGUGUUCAUUAGGUUUGCGAGGGAAAACGAGGUUUCAAAGGCUACCGCCGUUUUCAGACUCUUAUGAAAUUUACAGCGAGCAGCAAUUGUCACACUUUCAAGAGAGAAUACAGAAAGAAAAGGAAUAGGUUUGCAUUGUUUUAAGUGUUGGAAUGUCUUUGUCAUCGCUACAGAGAAGAAAAUAUUCAUGCAACAAGAAGCAUUUUUUUCGUGCUCACUAAAUUAAAACUUCCCAAUUAAUGUAGUUUCUGGCGAAUCGAUUCGAUGGCAAAACAGUCAUGCUAAUCAGAAAAUAUAUCAAUGAAUAAGAUUGAAUAAAAACGUUAAGUAGCGUUUAUUAUCAUCGGAAGUUAAAGAAUUUACGAAAGCGGUAGUCGUUUUUAUGAGACCGCUGUUCAGAUUUGGAGUUUAAAUAUGUAACUAUAGCGUUCUUUAAGGAGACUGUUAGUAGUAGGGCUUCAGCAAAGAUAAGCCUCGUUAGUGUCUAGCACGGUCUAGCUAGGUCUAGUCUAUGACGUCACCGAUUGUUAUAACCUGGGGAAAAAGUGGAUUCCCUUUAUUAAUAUGUAUGUGUCUUCCUGCAUACUAAUUUGGAUUUCCUGCAUACUAAUUAAGUGUCUUCCUGCAUACUAAUUUGGAUUAGGUUUACUAAUGAGCGUCACUCUACUACAAUAGGAACAAUAGGCUUGCCUAGACUUGCCCGUGAAGUAACUUGAGCUCGGUUUUCGGACAGUCUAUUAAAAGGAAAAUAGGAAUAAGAGAAGCGAUCACCUAGCAACGCGAGAAACGGCUUCCUAUAUUUUAUUUAGCGCUAAAACUCAGAUAUAUAAACAAAACACAUGUGCACAAAGUGGAGUUGAAAAGUCUUUAUUUCCGUUUAGUUUAUGUCUUCUUAUCGAGCUCUAAAACUCGGAUACAUAUAAACAAAAUACACAAAGUAGAACUGAAAACUCUAUUUCAAUUUUGUCUGACGUUUUCUCCGUUCUAUCUCGAGGAAAUGAAAAACUAUUAAAGUCUUGUAAUUUCACGCACUGUUAGUCAGUUAAUUAUGCGAGUUCACAAGCCCAAAGUUGAAUACAAAUUUGCUCUACAGGAAAGACCCAAGGGAGCACCUUGACGUCUUAUUAUAAAACAAAUAACUAACAAGGAUCAAUUAAAACACGCGACUAAUAAUUGCUAGCAAUAAAAUCUGACCCGAGAUACCGUUUAAAACAAAAAAGAGUCAAACACACAGCGAUAUGAAAGAAAUCUAUUAAAACAGUCAAAGAAAGCAAGUCAUGUUUUACUUACCCCUCUCCCUUUUCAAUUUUAUUUCCCUCCUCAAUUUUUUCUUUUUCCCUUCUCCACAACUUUAUUGUUUUCCCUCCUUCUCCUCUUCCUCCUCAUUUUUGUUUUCCCUCCUCCUCCUCCUCCUCAUUUUUAUUGUUUUUCCUCCUCCUCCUCCUCCUCAUUUUUAUUGCUUUCCCUCCUCCUCCUCCUCAUUUUUGCUUUCCCUCCUCCUCCUCCUCCUCCUCCUCCUCAUUUUUAUUGUUUUCCCUCCUCUUCCUCCUCCUCCUCCUCAUUUUUGUUUUCCCUCCUCCUCCUCAUUUUUAUUGUUUUCCCUCCUCCUCCUCCUCCUCAUUUUUUUAUUGUUUCCCUCCUCCUCCUCCUCCUCCUCAUUUUUGUUUUCCCUCCUCCUCCUCCUCCUCCUCCUCAUUUUUGUUCCCUCCUCCUCCUCCUCAUUUUUGUUUUCCCUCCUCCUCCUCCUCCUCCUCCCCAUUUUUGUUCCCUCCUCCUCCUCCUCCUCCUCCUCCUCAUUUUUGUUUUGGUACAGUAGGGGUACAGAAGGGGUACAGGAAGGGUACAGGAGGGGUACAGGAGGGGUACAGGAGGGGUACAGUAGGGGUACAGGAAGGGUACAGUAGGGUACAGGAGGGGUACAGGAGGGGUACAGUGUACCCCUCCUGUACCCCUACUGUACCCUUCCUGUUUUUAUCAUUCUUAAAACUACAUUUCAAAAUAUUUCGAAAACGCUCUCAUAGAAUUUGUUCAAACUACGCCAUAAUGUAGGCAAUUAUAGCAGGUACAUACUCCAUUAAGCCAUUUCAUCAAAAAACUCCUAGAACAGAGAAACACAAAGAUAAAUGAAAAACGUAAUGGCGUCAUUACGUUGCCAUGGCGACUCCGAUUGCAAUAAAACCCAGAUCAUAAGAAAUUUUCAUCUUUAUGUAAUACAGUUGUGGUAACAUUUUUUCCAUAUCUUUACUCAUGCCGACGUAGUUAAUGCUCAAAGUUGGGAGGUAUCAACCCCAAAAAAUCCAGUCGAGCCACCUUAAGGUUUAUAAUAAAAAUAAUGUUAUUAUUAAUAGAAAUUUGUACCGCGCAGUUUCUAUGAAAAUAUUCAACUGCGCCUUACAUGUAAGAAAUUAAUUAAAGAUGGAAAAUAAAGGCUAUAUUUAUAAUGCUAAAAAUUCCUAAUUAAAAGCCUUACUAAAUAAGAAAGUUUAAAGUCUAUUUUUAAACAGAUUUAGUCUGAAAAUAGACCUCAUCGUAGAUGGAAGAAGGUUCCAAAGUCUGGGGGCGGCAUAACUAAAUGACCUAUCCCCUAAGGUGAUCUUAGUUCUGACUCUUGGUGUUGCUAAUAAAAUACCAGUCAUGAGUGCGCCUUAAAUCUUACUAAGACGGAGGCAGGAUAGAUAUUAACUGGCGCAAAUAAUCAGGUGCCAUAUCGGGCAAAACGUUAAAUGUAAGGAGUAAUAUUUUGUAUUCAAUACGGUAGCAAACAGGUAACCAAUGAAGCUCGAGAAGCAGAAGCGUGAUAUGGCACGGCUUUGGUGCGCAAUAAAUUAAGCGAGCACUAGCAUUUAGAGCACGCUGCAACUUAGCUGAUAUUUAGGUAAAAACAAACAUUAGGCUAUUACAACAGUAGUCUACUGUGCUAGUAACAAAGGCAUGAACUAGAGACUCAGUGCUGCCUCUGGAUAAGUAUUUUCUAAUACGUCUGAUAUUAUAGAGAUAUUAAAAUGCACUGCUGCACGCGCAUGUCUUGAUAAUGUUUACAUCCAUACUCAAAUAAGAGUCUAGCCACGAGCGCAAGUUAUGGAGUGAUGGCGAAGGACUUAUGUUAUAGUCACCGACUCUAACACCAUCUACUGACACUUUCACUAGCUGCUUGCACGACCCAACAAGCAAGAACUCAGUCUUGUCAUCUUUCAGCAAUAAUUUCUUCACGCACAUCCACUGGCGGAUGUCUCGAAUGCAGCUUUCAAUGGCUAUAUUGGCACGUGCUAACGUUAGAACUACAUGACAAAUACAAUUGAGUGUCGUCCCCGUACGCAUGUAAAGUUGGCAAUAUACUGGGAAAUAUAUAAUCAUCCAGAUUAGCCCCUAAAUGAAAGCUAAGAAAAUCUUCUCUGGUUAAAGGCCGCCUGAAUUCUCCAAGUAUUAAGGAUAAAGAAAGCCUGCAUUUUUCCUUGACUAAAUUUACAUCCUCUACAGUUCCAAACCUUUGAUAAAAAUCAGUUGUGUCUAUAAUACUUCUGCUUGUACCAUAAACUUGUAUUUAAAGACCAACCCAGUUUUUAAUCGCUCUCUUGUAACACAGUUGUCAUCCCUAGACAAUUCAGUUAGUAAAUUUAAACCCUUAAGACUUUUUUCACUCGUUUCAGAUAAAUUCCUGCUUUCUACAGCACGUACCUUGAAGUAAUCUACUAAUUUAAAGGCUUUAUUCAUAACCCUUUUUUCUAAGUAUCCCACUCUAGGAUGGAAAAAGUAUCGUCCUAUCCCCCCCAAUAUCAAAACCACCUUUCAUUUUACAUUUGUCCUUAACUUAGUCUUUGUUGGUCUUUUGUUGCCUGCGAAAUGGUCCAAAUAUUGCAAUAAAGGAAGUUCUGUUUGUUGCUGCACCUCUCGUUGUCUCUGUCUUGCACCAGUAAUACCAUAUCGUCUAGGUACAAGGCCAUCCCCGCAAUUUGGUAUCUCGCGUUCUUCCAAAGAAACCUCUCUUGAUGUGAAAUUAUGUAGAUUAGUCGAGUCCCUCUGACACUCCCUCUAGUACACCAUACAAUCUUCGUCCUCCUUUGCCUUGGUUACUUUUCCUAUAUAGUCCUUAUCGUGCAACAUAUCCCGUUCCGUCACAAGCCUCGUGAAAAGCCUCAAAGUCUCUCUUAUCUCAGACACAAUCACCAGGCUGCCUCUCACCUGCCUCUUCAUUCCUUGCUUCGAUAAAUAAUCUUUACCUCUAAGACUCCUCCAUUGCUUGUUUUCCACUGCUGAUAAUCUUGUCUUAGUCCCAACAACAGUUACUACAAUUGCUUUUAACCUCUUCACCUCAUCCACACACCAUUUUUCUUUCCGCUCUAACUCCAAUGUCCGCCCUUCAUUCUUGCAUGCCAUAACAACGCCAAGUGCCACAUAGUUCAAAUCAAUCCUCUUUCUCAAAUCGUACAAUUUUUACCGUAAACUGCCGCUCAUAAGCCCUGGGCCUAUACAAGUUCGUAAGGGGUUUUGGGUGGGCUUAUAAACGGAGGGGUUUAUAUCCGGAUGGGCUUAUAAGCGGACGAAAAAAAACUUUUCGAAAUGAGCAACAGCACUGUUGAUCGACGGGAAUUUCAAACGAACUUCGGAAACAGUUUGUCAAAGGUUUGUGAAACGCACUUUAACACUACAGGAGAACAAUGAACAGUUACUUCAAAGCAUUUGGCGAAAUGUUGAAAUAAAGAUAUAAAGAUUGUUAAUAAUAAAAUUGUAAUAAAGUUAUUGUUCUGUAAUCUUUUCCAGUUAUUUGUUGAAGUAAUAGUGUUCUAUGAGAGUGCUUAAUAUUAGUAAAACAAGAAAAAUUGGCGGAGGGCCUAUAUCCGGAUGGGCUUAUAAUCGGAUGUAUUUUUUUGUUUGCAUGUAGGUGGGCCUAUAACCGGGGGGGCUUAUAAGCGGAUGGGCUUAUAAGCGGCAGUUUACGGUACCUUAACUUAGAUAUCAUAGCAUAUAGUCCGUCUAUCUGUAAUAAAUCCUUUCUUAAAGCAGAGAUAAUCAAUCGUUUUCGCUACAGGUUCUCCAGCCACAUUUUGGUAGAGAAAGGCAUUUUGGCCGUUAGCCACUCAAUGCAGACUUGCGUUAGCAUAGCGAGCUCGUGGAAAGACGCUUUCGUAACGUUAAUUUUUAAAUAAACAAGCGCAAUAAAAGCAGUUGCGUUGCCAACUGUUCAACGUCGGCAGUUCAAGUAACAAAACAACGAAGAGGUAAACAAUUUGCUUCCAAGACAAGGCAAAGUAAUCUAAUUUCUAUAUUUUCAUCGCAACCAUGUAUCUAAGUAUACUUACUGAAUGCUUUGCAGUCUGAAAUUAAAAUGGCUAGCCCCUACAGAACUCCUGUGACAGAAAGUGUAAGGGCCGCAAAGUUUAAGGUACCAGAUUAUUGUAGUGAGCAAAAAGCAUCUUCAAACAACAUAAUGGAACGUAGAGCUCAGCCAAAUGGCACAAUCAUGGCGUCGAAACGUGUGGAAAUUGGCCUUGUCUCCGAAGCCUGCCCCAUUGUCCCUGCGGCUAUAUAUUUUGUGCUUUUGCCCUCCCCUCCCUUGGCCUAUUUUCUUGAUUGCCUUCUGAACUCCUGAUGAGACGAGGCUUUGAACAUUUUGUUAACUUAAGGUGCUGAUGAGCUCGUCAUAUCUUACUAUCUUAUUUACCAAGAUAAGUUAACAGUAGUAGAUACAAAAACGGUUGAGGUCCUGCAUUUUACAGUUGUCCCCAGAGGGUGAAAUAGAAAUAAAAGGUCAUCUGGCUGCAUAUAUUUCCUCGAGAUUUUCACCUUCUAGGUGAACCAAUGAUGAACGGAUUGUACACUGUGUUUAAGCGCAGUCUGGAGGAAUCUACUGUAUCUACACAGUGGAAGAUAUCAAGAAUGCAUAUCAUCUAUAGGAAGGGUGAUGGAUCAGACAGGGAAAAUUAUCGCCCUCGGCAGAUGUUAAGUGUUCCCAGCAAGCUCCUGGAGGCAAUAGUGUGCGAAGGCCUGCACGAAUUUAUCUCAGACACAGGACUUCUAAGUAAUAAGCAAUGGGGCUUCCGAGCUGGCAGGUCAACCGAGGGUCUUUUGAGACAUCUAACUGAAACAUGUAAGCAAGCAGUGGAUAACAGACAGGUAGUUGGAGUUGUGUAUAUAGACUUUCAGGAGGCUUUUGACACGGUAUCUCAUACUAUUUUGAGAUACAAACUAAAAGCCAUUGGUAUAACUGGAGAUCUUCUGAACUGGAUAAUUAGUUAUUUAACAAACAGAAAGCAGUUUGCCAUUGUAAACGGAUGUACCUCACAGACUAAGAAUGUCUGUUGUAGAGUGCCACAAGGUUCCUUGCUUGGGCCAAGAUUCUUCUCCUAUUACGUCAAUAAUCUCCCUGAUGCAGUUACUGAAGGUGAACUGGCCAUGUAUGCAGACGAUACAAACUUGUCUGCGGUCGGUGACAACGUGGAAGUAGUUAGUGAUAAGUUAAACAAAGCCUUAACAAGUAUUAACCUGUGGUACAGAAACAACAAGCUGACCAUACAUACAGGGAAGUCAGAAGCGGCUGCCAUGAUUUUGACUCAUAAACCUUUCUGUGGACCACUAAAGCCUGUUUUGUUAGGAAACAAGGUCUUAGGUUUUGUGGCUGAAACUAAGUGUUUAGGAAUUAUUAUUGACAAUCAGUUGUCAACGCUCAAGUACUUAACAAAGGAUACCUUACAGUCUAUUUACUUUACAAGUAUUAUUCCCACUGUCACUUACUACAAUUCAGUUUGGGGUACCAGCCCACCUACAUUAUUGCAUGAAGUGGAGCAUAUCCACCCCAGGGCAGCCAAGAUUAUCUAUAGGCUAUCUGAUGUUAGAAACCAAGAAGCUUUAACAAUAGCUGGAUGGGAAUCGAUUAAUUCCAUGUACAAGAGAAAGUUAUUCACUUUUGUGUAUCAAGAUUACAAAUCUGAGUCACCUGAUAACAUAAUUAGGCUUGUUAGUAGUAGUAAUUGCUGUUAUGAUCCACGCAUUGGUUAAAUGGUCACAAAUACACAGUUUUUUUGACACAAUUGCAUUAAAAUACUAAAAUAAUUAUCACCUUCGUUUUGUAGAAUUUGAUACUAAAGAACAUCACAUCACAACGAGUUAGACAUGAAUGUGAAUCACUAUGAAUAACAAUACAAUUCUGCAUUUACAUUCGCAUACAAAGCGAAGGUCUACGUGCGCGCGAACGCAACAAAAACUGAAUAGAGAAACAGCGUGGGGUAAGGGUAAAAGAUCACGAAGCUUCCUGAAGGAAUUCCUGAACGUAUUCAUUUCAAUGAUAUAUCGUCGCUUUCAUAGCAACCAUUUAUAAAAGAAAUGAAUCAUAUGCUCACGCUUUAAGCCAUCGAAGGAGUCGUUAGAGGCAUAAGAUUCUUCUUCCAAAACUAGCGGCUCAAACUAUAGCUAGUACUGCUCACUGUUGCCUAACACAUUUUAUCAAACGUUUUGGUCAUUCAUAAGUCUUCGGAACUGCUCGAAUUUUGAUCUUUGAAGUUUCUAUAAAGGCUUUUGAAGAAAAAUCUUUGCCCAAAUCUUACUUAGGAUGCUUCAUUUUAUUGUUUGCCUGGUAAAGGUAAAACGACAAAAGGAAAAAUGUCAAUUUUUUUUGUUCAUUUGACCUCUAAAUGCAUUUGUAGUUUUAAACUUAAAUAAUCAAUAAAACAGUGGAAACCAGGGACUUGUGCAUACUACUUAAAUAUAUAUAUAUAUAUAUUGUUGGUCGUUAUGUUGAUCUAAAAUUAAAACCUAGCUUACCAGAGGGCGGGAAACAAUGGAUGUAGUUGCAUACAAAAUAGUGUUUAUAGCAUAACUCUAUUUUUGUUUUGUUUUUUUCUCGAAAAAUGACCAGUUUUCCAGGCACACAUGUUCAGGUACCAGUACUUACAGAAGUGAGUAUUAUAGCAACGAGAAACAAUAGAAGCUAAAAUAAACAAGCAUAAGGCUAUCUUUCAUUGAUAAUUCUUACUUAACCUUAACCUUAUUCUUGUAGGUGGCUGGCAAAAAACCAAAUUGAACAGCUUCCAUCUGGGAUAUUUUCCAAUCUAUCUAAACUACAGAAGUUGUAAGUUUGUAUUUUUUUGUCUGUCUCUUAUCAUCGAGGCUACAACCAUUAUAACGCGCAAGCAACGAUGUAUAUAAGAGUCUGUAUAUGUAACCUACGCGGCUUAGCAUACAAAGGUAUAUAAAGCCGGAGAGUUAACACAAAAGUGCCAAGCACAGAUGUAUCUAAUUCGCAUUUGAAAAUUUUUCAGUCUAUUCCCAAGUCUCUCACCAAUGAAAAUAAAAGACAAGAAAAGGAGGAACCCACAAAUCACGCAGCACAGAUCAAGAUUUAAUAAGUAGCCUAAUUUCAUAUGUAAAGGGGGAAGUGGAGUAUGGCUAUGUCAACUUGUUUUCAUUUGAGGCAGUGGAUCAGGGAAUUACAGUAAUAAACGUAGUGCUAAGGGUUUUCUCUUUCUCAUGCUCAGUGCCAUUUGAUAGGAAAUCUCAGUCUAUACUUUUCACUGUAUAGUGACUUCACAGGUAACCCAGUCUCUGUAAUAGUACCACAAUACCAAUCCGGUAAAAUUUCAGUGUUUCUAUGUGGUAAAGAAUACGGUCCUAAAAAAAAAUGCUCGCGAGGAAAAGGACGAGCCAACAUGACAGACUUAGGCCUACAAAAAACUUGAUACAAAUGAGCUUACGCUGAUUUGAAAUCAGCGUUGGCCAAUUAUUACGUGUAACUAAAGAACACAUUUCGUAAUUUUAGGUGUCGCACACAUCGCUUCGGAAGCCGCUUUUUAAAUUAUUCGUUUGCUCUUGUCACCUCUUAAGUCACAAGAGACACUAAGUGGCAAUUAGUAAACAUUUUCCAGAAACAUUGCUUCGUUUAGCUUGCUUGGCCAGCAGCAAUUUUCGCCUGGAUUUUUAAGUAAUUCUUUCUUGCGUAUUUCAAAAAUCUGGGGCACAAACGCUUGUAAUCUUUGCGUUAAUGCCUAAUUUUUCUGUGUGAAAGGCUAUCCUAGCUUAGAUAGCAAUGAAGAAGCGCCAAGUUUCAUGAGUGAAAUCCAGAAUAGCUCUGUUUUCGCAAAAUCACCCAGUCGUAUACCACACAACCCUUUUGCGAGUACAUAGCACUGUUUAUGUGGGUCGAGAGCCGCUUGCAGUGAAACCCUUAUAAGGGACAAAGGUUUGAACAGAGGCACAUGUGCCUCCGAUGGUUGCUUCACUAAUUAAGAGGGUUGGCCGGAUAUUGACUGAACAACAAAAAACAUUGUGUUUUCUAGAUUCGAAAGUCCCGCCAAAGUAGAAUAUUAACUCGUUUGUUAGAAUUUAACUUUAAACAAAGGCUCCCACAAUGCGACAGCCUCGAUCUUUACCAUCUACCGUACGUUUCUUGAACCCCUCUUUACGGGCACCUACUUAACACGGAGACCUUGUUGUUAAUUAUUAUUGACAGUUUGCCUUGUCCCUGGGUAAAGACCUCACAUUUUCUCUAAACCUAACACGCUUAAUACGGACAACCGUUAAUGCGAACAAUGGACACUUGCUUCUUGCCCUAUUAAAAGAUUGUUAUAAAAAAUCAAACUCCUAUUGUUAACUAAUGACGUGUUAUUGCCAGCAUAUCCUAUACAGGCAUUGUGGCAAAGAAAACUUCACAAUAAAUAAAUCGUGUUAUCGAACGAUACUACUUUUGUCGUUUUUUAUAUGUAUUUUGUCAGUCAUGCAUUAUGUGUUACUAAAAUUAUAACGUACCCACAAUCCUAGCUAAAAGUCCUUGAAACACCUCUGCAAUGUUGAGAUGUGAUUGCAGUAUUACGUGGCUAAAACAACAUUGCAAAAGGGAAGAGGAAGGGGGGAACAAAGGGAGCAGAAUUUUCCAAAGUGUUUCAAGGUUUUUUGUCUGAGAUUGUAGCUUACCAGAGGGCGAGAAAGUAGUAGGUGCAUGCAAAAUAGUAUAUGGAGCAUCAAUAAUUUAGUUUUCUUUAAUGACCAGUGUGACCAUGUUCCGGUACAUACAGAGGUCAGCUACAAGCAAUGUCCAGGGGUCAAUUUGAUAAAACUUCUAAAACGAAUAGUGUAAUUUACAAGUGUAGCUAUUGUUUUAAGACUCUAAAACAAUGGCUACACUUGUAAAUUAAACGUUUUAAUUAUUAAAUUGAACCCAGAUUUAAAAUGGAUUUUGAUGAGGCUGUUUCAUAUCAUUAAUCAUAUGUGUCAUGAAAAUUUUGUUGAAAAACGCGUUCUUGCAGGUCGAUCUCCAGGAACAAAAUUGAGCAGCUUCCAUCUGGGAUCUUCUCCGAUCUAUCUGAACUAAGAGACUUGUAAGUUUUUUUCUCGGAUCGGUUUGUUGCUAAUGUUCAAGACUAAAACACUAGGCUUGUUCAACCACGUAUACAUACGAUUCCGUACGAGUAACCUACGCGGCUAGCAUACAAGCAACAUCAAGAUACCAACAUUACCCAAAAGCGUUGUAGAAUACUGUAGCUGACGCCUUUUCCAGUAAGGGUUGGUUUCAUCCAGCAAUAAAACUUUUUUGAUUUUAUCGGAUAAAAGUAGUCGAGUUACUUCCUAAAUAGUCUAUUACAAGAGAUUAAAACCCUUAAACCUUCCUAGCAAAUAGGAGAUAGCACUGUUUAUGUGGGUGGAGAGAGUCGCUUUCAGUAAAACCCUUAUAAGGGACAAAGGUUUGACCAGAGGCACACGUGCCUCCGAUGGUUGCUUCACCAAGACGUUCGGCCGGAGAUUGACUGAACAACAAAAAACAUUGUGUUUUCUAAAUUCGAAAUUCCCACCAAAGUAGAAUAUUAGCUCGUUUAUUCUACUUAAACUUUUGACAAACGCCCCGACAAUGCGAUAGCCUCGAUCUUUACCAGCUACCGUACGUUUCUUGAACCCCUCUUUACGGGCACCCACUUAACACGGAGACUUUGUUAAUUAUUAUUGACAGUUUCCCUUGUCCCUGGAUAAAGACCUCGCAUUUUCUCUAAACCUAACACGCUCAAUACGGACAACCGUUAAUGCGGACAAUGGACACUUGCUUCUAUUGUUAUAAAAAAACAACCUCGUAUUGUCAACGAGAAUAGUCUCGUGUUUCAACGAGAAACAAAAAUAGCAGCUAAAAUAAACAAGGAGGAGGUCGACUUUUACUGAUAAUUUUUAUUUAACCUUAACCUUAUUCUUGCAGGUGGCUGUACAGCAACAAAAUUCAGCAUCUUCCAUUUGGGAUAUUUUCCAAUCUAUCUAAGCUACAGAAGUUGUAA